AUGGCAGAGAAGGGGCCACGUAAUCUACUGGGUCAGUGUAUUCCAGGCGCCACGGAAACCGAACUAGGACACAGGGAAUCCCGGUGCCAUGGAAACCAGGCCUCCGAGAAACCAGUCGCUGUCUUUGGUCAGUGCAGCCCCAGAGUUCAGAGGUGCAGCUGCAGAGUUCACUCCCCGGCCCCGUCCCCCCCCGGGGGGGGUAAAGAGGCACCUCACUCGCUCGCCGCCCCUCUCCGCCGCCGCCCUGCCGGCCGCUCGCCCGCCACCCGCUCGCCGCUUCCGCCGGCCACCGGCUCCCCGCUCUCGCCGCCCCUCUCCGCCGCCGCCCUGCCGGCCGCUCGCCCACCACCCGCUCGCCGCUUCCGCCGGCCACCGGCUCCCCGCUCUCGCCGCCCCUCUCCGCCGCCGCCCUGCCGGCCGCUCGCCCACCACCCGCUCGCCGCUUCCACCGGCCACCGGCUCCCCGCUCUCGCCGCCCCGCUCCGCCGCCGCCCUGCCGGCCGCUCGCCGCUUCCGCCGGCCACCGGCUCCCCGCUCUCGCCGCCCCUCUCCGCCGCCGCCCUGCCGGCCGCUCGCCCGCCACCCGCUCGCCGCUUCCGCCGGCCACCGGCUCCCCGCUCUCGCCGCCCCUCUCCGCCGCCGCCCUGCCGGCCGCUCGCCCGCCACCCGCUCGCCGCUUCCGCCGGCCACCGGCUCCCCGCUCUCGCCGCCCCUCUCCGCCGCCGCCCUGCCGGCCGCUCGCCCACCACCCGCUCGCCGCUUCCACCGGCCACCGGCUCCCCGCUCUCGCCGCCCCGCUCCGCCGCCGCCCUGCCGGCCGCUCGCCGCUUCCGCCGGCCACCGGCUCCCCGCUCUCGCCGCCCCUCUCCGCCGCCGCCCUGCCGGCCGCUCGCCCGCCACCCGCUCGCCGCUUCCGCCGGCCACCGGCUCCCCGCUCUCGCCGCCCCUCUCCGCCGCCGCCCUGCCGGCCGCUCGCCCGCCACCCGCUCGCCGCUUCCGCCGGCCACCGGCUCCCCGCUCUCGCCGCCCCUCUCCGCCGCCGCCCUGCCGGCCGCUCGCCCGCCACCCGCUCGCCGCUUCCACCGGCCACCGGCUCCCCGCUCUCGCCGCCCCUCUCCGCCGCCGCCCUGCCGGCCGCUCGCCCGCCACCCGCUCGCCGCUUCCGCCGGCCACCGGCUCCCCGCUCUCGCCGCCCCUCUCCGCCGCUGCCCUGCCGGCCGCUCGCCCGCCACCCGCUCGUCGCUUCCACCGGCCACCGGCUCCCCGCUCUCGCCGCCCCUCUCCGCCGCCGCCCUGCCGGCCGCUCGCCCACCACCCGCUCGCCGCUUCCGCCGGCCACCGGCUCCCCGCUCUCGCCGCCCCUCUCCGCCGCCGCCCUGCCGGCCGCUCGCCCGCCACCCGCUCGCCGCUUCCGACGGCCACCGGCUCCCCGCUCUCGCCGCCCCUCUCCGCCGCCGCCCUGCCGGCCGCUCGCCCGCCACCCGCUCGCCGCUUCCGACGGCCACCGGCUCCCCGCUCUCGCCGCCCCUCUCCGCCGCCGCCCUGCCGGCCGCUCGCCCGCCACCCGCUCGCCGCUUCCGCCGGCCACCGGCUCCCCGCUCUCGCCGCCCCUCUCCGCCGCCGCCCUGCCGGCCGCUCGCCCGCCACCCGCUCGCCGCUUCCGCCGGCCACCGGCUCCCCGCUCUCGCCGCCCCUCUCCGCCGCCGCCCUGCCGGCCGCUCGCCCGCCACCCGCUCGCCGCUUCCGCCGGCCACCGGCUCCCUGCUCUCGCCGCCCCUCUCCGCCGCCGCCCUGCCGGCCGCUCGCCCGCCACCCGCUCGCCGCUUCCGCCGGCCACCGGCUCCCCGCUCUCGCCGCCCCUCUCCGCCGCCGCCCUGCCGGCCGCUCGCCCGCCACCCGCUCGCCGCUUCCCCCGGCUACCGGCUCCCCGCUCUCGCCACCCCUCUCCGCUGCGCUGUCAGUCACUUCUGCUGCCACCUGCCUCUCUGCUGUGACCUCUGCACAUCCGUCUCUCCAUGA